CCCCUGCAGAAGUUGCUCUGUUCCUCCACCCAUCCAAGAAAAGAAAAUGACGAGAAAAAAAAAAUCUGACACCGGAAAUCGAAAAGGAACAGCAACAAAACACCCGGCCCAUCUUCGUCGCAAGGCGAGGCACAUUCCGUCGUCUCCAUUCGCGCGCUCAACGUUUCUUCCGUCCUGCCGAUGCCGGUGUGAUAGCCUGGCUGCCGACCACGCCGACGCGCGGCAUGCCAUUGCUGCUUCUCUAGGGGGUUGCUCGGAACGCGUCGGCAUCGGGGACGACUCUCAUCAACGCGCGGCUUUGCCAUGCCGCGCGUUCUCAUGGAAUCGAUCGAGCACUUGGCCUCUGCACCGGUGGAGGGUCCGCCGGCGCCCCCUCCGCAGUCGUCGGCCCCACCGCCGCCGCCGGCAUCGUCACCUCCUCCGCCGCCCACGCCGUCGCCGCCCAAGUCCCCGCCGCCGUCUUCCUCGCCUCCUCCUCAAUCCGUGACGAAGGCGCCUCCCCAGUCGCGGCCGCCGGAGAAGUCCCCUGCAGCGUCCUCCCCUCCGCCCGUUUCGCCUCCGCCCUCAUCUCCUCCGCCGACAAGCCGGUCACCGCCACCGUCUUCUCCUCCGCCAUCUUCACCUCCGCAACACUCGCCGCCGCCUUCGCCUGCGUCUUCGACGACGCCACCGUCGCCUGAGGCAUCGAGAUCGCCGUCCCAGCAAUCACCUCCGCAAGCCACAACUUCGACACCGGCGUCGCCACCACCUUCGCAACCAGCGAACCCAGCGCCAGCCACCCCGACCCCUUCGCCUCCUUCCAUUCCGGCGGCAGCCUCGAAACCUCCACUGCUUGAAACGCCUGGAGCGCCCACUUCGGUCCCGGCCGCCGCAGGUCAGGCGACGCCAGCGGCUCCAGGGACACCUCCGUCUACCUCACAGUUACUGCCUUCGGGCGUGACGGUUCCCCCCGGUCCCACCGUCGCGGCCGCCGGAUCGCCUCCUCCUGGCACGUGGCAGAGCCCUCCCGGUCCCGCCGUCGCGGCCGCGAGCCCACCGCCUACGGCACCUCGGGCUCAGGCUAGAGACUCGGGAGCCAACGUGCCGAUCGGGGUGAUCGUUGGGGUAGCCGUGGCAGGGUUCCUCCUGGCACUGGCCUCGCUUUUCAUGGUGGUGUGGGUGAGCAACCGGGGCAAGAGUCGGCGUCCACCCAUGCGCAAGAGAACCGUCGUCGUGCCGGCAAAUGCUACGUCGCCGGACGUGUACCCUCCGUCGAACGGGCCGACCGACGGGAGCUCGUACGAGUACUCCGGCUCCAAGUCGUGCUUCACGUACGACGAACUGGCGGGGAUCACCUGCGGGUUCUCGGCGGAGAACGUGAUCGGCGAAGGCGGGUUCGGGAAGGUGUACAUGGGCGCGCUGGGCGACGGGCGGCGCGUGGCGGUGAAGCAGCUCAAGGUGGGCGGCGGGCAGGGGGAGAAGGAGUUCCGCGCCGAGGUGGACAUCAUCAGCCGCAUCCACCACCGCCACCUCGUCACGCUCGUCGGCUACUGCGUCACCGAGAACCACCGCCUGCUAGUCUACGAGUUCGUCUCCAACCACACCCUCGAGCACCACCUGCACGGGAAAGGGCUUCCGGCGAUGGAUUGGUCGAAGCGGAUGAAGAUUGCGAUCGGAUCGGCCCGCGGAUUGACAUACCUGCACGAAGACUGCCAUCCUAGGAUCAUACAUCGGGACAUCAAGUCGGCCAACAUUCUCCUGGAUGACGCCUUCGAGGCAAAGGUUGCGGAUUUCGGUCUUGCUAAGCUGACCAACGAUGCUAUGACUCAUGUCUCCACGCGUGUGAUGGGAACAUUCGGGUAUAUGGCACCGGAGUAUGCAUCAAGCGGGAAGCUGACGGACAGAUCAGACGUGUUUUCGUUCGGGGUGGUGCUCUUGGAGCUUAUCACUGGGCGGAAGCCUGUAGAUUCAUCUCAACCCCUCGGAGAAGAAAGCUUGGUUGAAUGGGCUCGGCCUCUUCUGGUUGACGCCUUGGAGACGGACGACUUCAGGGAGCUCGCAGACCCUGCACUCCAGUCCAGGUACUCAAAGACUGAGAUGCGAAGGAUGGUGGAGGCAGCUGCCUCUUGCAUUCGUCACUCUGUCACCAAGAGACCAAGGAUGGUGCAGGUGUGGCGAUCGCUGGACGUGGACGGCAGCUCGAUGGACCUGACCAACGGCGUCAAGCUCGGGCAGAGCACGGCGUACGACUCCGGCCAGUACUCGGCGGACAUCGAGCACUUCCGGCGGAUGGCGUUCGAGGCCGACCUCGAGACCGCGGAGUACGGCAUCUCGGACGAGGAAGACCACCGCGCUGCUGGUUCCGGGAGGCAGGAACGGAAAACAGCCGGAAAAUGAGACCCGGGGAAUCAACAAACUCUAGGUUCGCCGGCAGGCCAGAUCCUCCUGCAGUGCAGAGCUGCAUAGCUCAGACGCCAUCGCACAACGACGAUAGCAGCGGCGGGUUACAUGUACGGGAGGCAGAGCAGAAGCUGGUGUGAUCGAGCGUGCGGCGCCGCGCGCGAGUGCUUCAGUUUCGGGGACACAGUUUGCUAAGGUUGAUGGUUGUGUAUUGUGUUGUGUGCAAAUGUACCAACGUUCGUACCGCUUCUAAUAGAACAAGGCUUGGCAUUUGCAUCCGAAGGAAAGCUUUCACCGAAUAA